ACUGAGCCCGGCGUUUGUGGGAAGGCGGCGCCACUGCCCGGCCACAGACUGCACUUUGCCCCUGCUCGGCCUCAGCGUCCGCGCGCCCUGACGCCAGCAAGCCCCCUCCCAAGAGCAGCGCCCGCUCGGGAGCUCGGGCACUGGCCCGGGCACGCAGCCCUCCGAGCGCCGGAUGCCUCCAGGGCCCCCAGGGCGGUGCACACCUGCGAUGGCCGCGCAGCUGCCCUGGUGAUGUGUGGUUGAAGCUGUUCAGUGUUGUUUUAGUUAUCAUGAAGUUCUAACUUAAGAGAAGUUAUCCAGUGACAGCACCUACUUGGGGAGUACAGAAGCAUUGUUGCCUACUUACUGUCCAAACAUCAGAUAAACACUACGAGUGAAGAGUGGUGAAAGGGAGCACUGAUUACCAAGUGGCCUGGCGAGAGAAAGCACUGGGCCACAUCUUGUGGUGGACAGACCUUCACUGUCUUCCCAAAAUGCUGCUGAAGUAGUCUUGCUGCUGCUCUCCUUCACUCAGUCAUAACACCUCUACAACAUGGGCUGCAUGAAAUCAAAGCAAACUUUUCCAUUUCCUACCACAUUUGCACCAGAGAAGCAAGAUGAGAAUGAAGAAACCUUUAUGCCAGAACACGAAUUUCUACCUAGGAUGCCUUCUCCAGUUCAUGUCAAUGAGGAAGUGAAGAAACCCCCAGUGCCCAACAUUGUGGUGCUUGAAUAUGCACACCAUUUAUCCCAGGAAAUUUUGCAUGAUGCCCUGCAGCAGUGGGCACGCAAUAACAUCAAGUACUAUGACAUCCCAUACAUUGAGAGUGACAGCGAGGGCCUUGAUGCUGUAGGAUGACAACUUUGUUGACCUGUGGAUAUAGUUGGUGCUAGUUUAAAUACAUGAAACAGAAGCAAACGCUGGUGUGCAUAUAAGUACAAAUAACUCCAUCUGGAUGUAGAAACUUGUCUAUGAUAAUGUCACUGGUGUAGGAAAACCUAAGAUGAAAUGUGUUUUAAGCAGUUCUGUGUUAACAGUAAUUUCUACCUGCUGGUUUUUGAAGUUUGGUUAUACAAGGGCCAAACGAGGUCCUGUGGCACCCAGUAAUCAUCUGGAGGUCACACCACUUUCUUCCUGAGGCAUAAUGGCACCACCAAAGAAAAUGCUAAAAGUAUCCCAGGUUCUAAAUGGUUAAAGUCACUUCUUUAAAAUAACCAUGUCUGUUAAUUUAUACCAAAAAAAAAAAAAAAAAAGCCCAGAUGUGAAAAGGUUUUUCCCCAUAAUGCCUUGGCAAGGGAGUGGCACUCAGAUCAUAGUGAUUCAUUGUGGAUCGUUUGCCAAAACCAUUUGUCAAGGAUCCCCACUUCUCAACACCUAUGACCUAAGAUUAGAAUACAACCUGUGUAGAAAAGUUCCACCUUGAACCCUGUUCUUAAUAUAUUUUUGUAGAUGAAAAGCAUAACUACCACCUUGAACCUCAGGGCCCUAACUACAACUGUUAUUGAAUGAGUCAGACUAUGUGUAAAGCCAUCUUUAAAGAUAUAAUUUUUAGAAGCCAUGACAUUAAUGUUUAUUGCAUUGUAUUAAGAAGUCCUAGGUUCCUUUUACAAACAACAAUCCAGUAAAUCUUUAAAAUAACAGAAGCCAAGUCAGUAAGGUAGAAAGCAAAACCUGGUAUUAAUUGUGUGUUAACCUUUGUUUCAGAGAUGCAGAUGUGGGUACAGGUGGCACUUAUUCCCAGACUUUUACUGACCAGUAGAGCAACUCCAUUCAGUUUACGUGGGACCAAAUAAUGCAUGAGGAUUUACAGUUGUGUUACAGAACAAAAUAACACAUUCCUCCAAGAAGCAGUACUUGUUUUUUAGUAGUAAUAUGUGCCCAUUGGGCAUUUUUAGCCAUACACUAUGCGAUUUUCAUAAAUUAGGCUUUUUUCUCUUUUUACUGUUAUCACGUACACACUUUAGAGAAAAAAAAAACAUUACAUAACUGAAGAUCAAUGGUAACAUGAUUUGGGAGACGGGGAGGAAGAUACUGAGAAGACAAAACUUUUAGGAAAAAUGGGACUGAGUCUGUAGAAUUAUCUAUUAAUAUUUGCUACAUAGUUUAAUUA